GUCAUAAAACAACAUGCGAACGAUAAGCAGCUCUUUUAUAUGGUGCCUGGUUUUCUCAAUUUCAUUGUGGAAAUUCGUUGUAAACCAGACAACGGAAACGAACAAAAGCAUUUCGAAUAAUGCACUUGGACCUACCAAAAAGCCAAAAGUUAGCUGGGUUCAUCCCAUUUCAAGAGACGAUCCCAAAGUUAAAGAUAUCCUUAUGAGCCCAGUGAGACAGAAGCUAAAAAUAGUAGGACCAUUUCUGGCGGCUCACAAAUACUUUGCAGUGGAUCCACGACAAAUCAGAGGUAAAAUCCAAAGAAAAGGAGGGCUCCAUAAACAUUUUCCUAAUCCACGAAUCGUACAGAUGGAGCCAAGUUUGACUCUUGCGUGUGAGGAGAGUGAACUGGCAUGUAUCAACGAAAUUUUCAAGAAAGCUCGUGACUCAAAAUCUGUGAGUAAAAUUCAAGGAAAGGAGAAGCUUGCCAAGCGACACAAUUUCUGGCCAUUCGAAUCCGAACUUGAUAUAUUUCGCUAUCGCGCCACCGCUGCGUAUUACAUGUGUUGGUUUACAGAACUGAAAAGUCCUCUCUUACGAUUUUUAGACGAUAAGGCAGAUGGAUGUCUUGAUUCUUUGUCAAUGACGGUAGAAGCAGCUAAUAGAACAGUGGUCGACUUUAGAUCCCAGUACGGGGGGAACCAGUCGGAAUGGGUCUCUUUGUGGACCUGUGCCUUCCUGUGGUUCUGUCCGGAUCCGUGUUACGGCAAAAGUUCAAUGGGAAACGUGAGAGACGAAAUAUCUGCUCCAGAGGACCCACUUAACCCAUGUAAAACACUAAAAAACAAGGCGUGUACGUGGAGCGAAGGACAAAACGUGGAUUUUGAGGACAUGACCCGCAACCGAUUAAACUUCUCGUGUGACUGUGCCUCAGAGAAGCCGGGACACGUGUGGAGUUCCCGGUUCUCUCUGUGCAUAGACCAGGACGAGUGUUAUGAUCAGGUGGGCCAGUGUGCUGAAGACAAGAUCUGUAGGAAUACAGUCGGCUCGUAUUCUUGUGGCUGCAGGCGAGGAUAUCGUAUGGAUAAAUCGGAUGGAACUUGUGUUCGAAGCCCAUUAUUUAAAGGUUCGCUUGACAAAAUUCGUCUUCGAGGAGAAAAGAAAGCAGGGAACGUACCUUUUUGGGUUAAAUUUCUGGAAAAAAUUAUGGGAUGAUAACUUUGAAUUUGUGUACAGGUGUACACCAAUUCGCCAGGAAGUGUAAUAUUAUUGAUGACACGUACACAAUAUUCAUGUACCAUAUAGCUUUUAGAUGUAUACACAUCAACUGUACACAUGAUUGUGCUGAGUUUUUGCAAUGAUAUUAUACUUAUGAACUUAGUUCUUUGAAUUUUGUACUGCUUAAGUGCACUUGCAAACUUCAAAAUCUUUAAAACAUUAAAUGGGUAUAUAAACUAAUUAACUAAUUGCGUACACAAAGUAUGAUGACCAUUUUGUGAAUUUGUUUUUAGCACAUCUUAAAUUAUAUGUUAUAUGUUGUAUAUAAUUUAUACUUAAAUUGGGAAUCUCUUCCAUUUUUGGUAGCGACAUGUCAUCAUUCAUGAUAUUUAUGCACUGGUUAACGCUCAAAAGUCAAAAGGUUUCAUUUUCACCUUUCUUUAUUUUGUGUGUCAUUGAAAAGAGCUAGAAAAAAUUCAAUAAUGAACUUCUUUUUAUUAUCAAUAAGUUUUAUAAUAAAAUCCGUUCAUAAAAGUUUUUAAACAUUGAAGUUGCAGAAAAUUAACCCACAUUGUCAGUAAGAAGCACUGACAGCAGUAUCAAUGAGGAAUUCGAUAUAUAUUUUAUUAGAGAAGUAAUGUCAUUUAUG